CACUAUAGCUUUUAUGGUCAGGGUUUUAGACAAUGUUCGCAUGAUCAUUUUAAGUGGGAUUUGAAAGACUCCGAGAUUGUUGAACAGAAUUGUAAAUCAUGGUGUACACUCCUAACGGGUUGCUAACGGUCAGUCCCCUGUUUGGUACUUGUCACACUGAAGCAUGCCACAGACGGAAAGUCCGGACUUGCCUCCUACAUGUUAGCGACAAGAACGUGUUCUAUCUCCCCAUGCCCUGCCUAGUUCCAGAGAAGGUAUGAUUUGGAACAUUCUGGGAACCUUUGGGUCCUUCAAACAUAGCAAGAUGAGAGAAGAAGACGAGCUGGAUACAAGCACACCAGCGGGCGUCAGGUGUGUAAAAACUACCUUUGACUUCCAAGACGAUUUCAGGACACGCCCGAGACGUCUGCAACAGCUUCUUGGUACAGCGAGGGAUGUGAGGAGAUGUUUGACACCUGUCUAUCAAGGUGUAGAAGCUAUUUUCUUCCUUCUCGUUGCCCUAGCUGACCUGGGUACGACGUGGGCGAACUGUACGGCGUAUAGCCUAUCCCUGUACAAGAAUGUAACCAUUGAACAGUGUAUGUACGUUAUGUGUUGCCUGGCGUCCGUCAUAUUUAUCUGGGAAGUAUUAUUGUUCUGCAGAACAGUAGAUAUUCUGUGUCGAAAACGUCGACUGGUCAGGAGAAUGCGACAGACCCGAAACGGACGCGAAAUAAACCUACGAGACCCGGAGGAAGCCGAAGUUGUUGACAAAGUUCAGGAAGAGCCUGAAAAGGGGGAGGGGGAAAGAAGAGGGUCGAUCCAAGACGCCGUAACACCUCCGGAGUAUCGGGUGAUCGACACAGUGAUGAAGAGGUUCACCGUGAGUUUCUUUGAGGUCUUGCUUCACGACAUGUUCAUCUCGGUCCUGAGUGCUACGCGUUGUCAGCUAACAGAGACCGACCCCGUUCUCAUAGUCUCUCUGAUGACCACUCUGACAUGCGUGUGCGCGAGGGUGUUCCACAACAUCUGUCUACACACUUUCUUACAUUGUAAAUACAGCGAGAGGAGGUUCAAAUACUACCAGCCCAGCGCGUGCAUCAAGGGUUGGAUGCUGCUUGCCAUGGUGGCUGUUCUCAUUUUCCACGCGGUGACCAUUUCCAGGCUAACGUCCGCAAGGAACCCGGCCAUUUUAGUCAGCGACACGGUCGUGGUAGAGAAGCCAAUCACCGACCGUUUCUACAAACCUCUUUACUUCAAGAAAGUGGCGAAAGUGAACGCAGCAACGUCUAAACGACUGACAACUACUUCUGAUGUACGACAACACGGCGAAGCUAUGAUAUUUACAGAGCAGUGCUUAGAUUUUUCACAAAGUAGACUGUACUAUGACAACAGGUCUUAUAGCCUCCAGGAUCUAGCUGGGAGCUGUGGGAACAACUGCACCCUAAUUCUCCAAAUACGGUACGAAAAGGUGGUGCCGGAUUCGCCUAGAUACUUGUACAAUGCCUGGCAACGGACUGAAUGCGACAAUCAAGUCUUUUACACAGAGUAUGGCCGAAAUGGGACUUCGUUAGAGCACUUAGGUGAUGGUGUGACGUCACCAGGUUUGACUGUACAUAUACAGGGAGAUUUUUGCAACACUGCCAUACGAGAUCCGGAUAUGACUAUUAUCUCAGGCGAUUAGGAAACUUACGCUUCUGCCGGGUAUCCUGGGACCGCGACAUAAAAAAAAACUACUCUACUACUGCUGCAGUAUCAGUAAUCCCCAGUAUCAGGUAUGCACAAUUCAGAUAUCCAGGUGUUGAAGACAUUCUUGAGAAGGCCUUGUGCGCCUUUUUAUUGUGGUGGUCUCAGGGCACUCGGCGGAAUUACAAAAGUUGACGUUUUAUAGGAUCACAAAAGAUAGCUAUUUACAGCCACUUCUUUUCACAAGUUGCGACAAUUUUGUGCUUAUAUUAUCUAAUUUGGUGUCGAAGUGGAAGAAAUAGUUGUCUAAAUUAAACCUUGCGUUUGUCACUCGUAUUUGUGUACAAUAGUUUGUCAGCACUGAUACGUAUCAUAUCAUUGAUUUGUUUUAACCAAAUAAAAAAUCUCGAAAUUAA